AUGGAGCCUUCCAGGCUUGCGCAGUUUGAAAAGGAGAUGGAAAAAAUGCAGAUCGCAAUUGCUGGCAUAAGCGAGAUGAGGUGGAAAGGCAGUGGGACGACAACAACAACACACGGCAAUCUAGUUGUGCACAGUGGGAGCAGUGAUGGGGGCAGGAAUGGAGUAGGAAUAUACGUGUCAAAGCAGUACAAACAGACACUUAUCUCCUGGAAUCCGGUAUCCGAUAGAAUCAUCACUGCUAGAUUCCGAUGCAACUCUAGGCACAUCACCAUCGUGCAAUGCUACGCCCCGACUGAAGACGCCAGCGAUGACUUCAAAGACGACUUCUACAAUGCCCUCACAUCUUCACUCACCAAGAGCAAACGAGGUGCAAUUAAAAUUCUCAUGGGAGAUUUCAACGCGAAAUUAGGCCCCAACAACAACGGAUUGGAACCAAUCAUGGGCCGACACGGUGUGGGAACACGUAGCAACAAUGGCGACAGGCUGGCCGACCUAUGCCAGACAUUCCAACUAGUCAUCGGUGGCACUGUAUUCCCCCACAAGGAAGUGCACAAGUACACGUGGACAUCACCGAGUGGGCAUACACGCAACCAAAUUGACCAUCUGUGCAUAAGUAGGAAAUGGAGACACUCCCUUAGCGAUGUACGGAACAGGAGAAGUGCGUCAAUUGACAGUGACCAUGAACUAUUAGUCGGAGAACUUCUAAUCAAGCUCAGACGAAGACACACUGCCACCAGAAGAAGCACAAGAAGACCACCCCCCCUGAACUUACACCGACUUGGAGACCCUGUCAUAUCCACCAGAUUGGCAACAAUGCUACGUGAACAACUAACACCGCAGCAGAACCACACCUGGGAACACACAUGCAGCACACUGAGGAGCAUCGCGGAGGGUUUGCUUGGCACCCGACAACGCAGGAGCACAGACUGGAUCUCGACACGCACAUGGGAGCUUAUCAGUAGAAGAAAUUCCCUCAAGUCAAAAGCGGAUCACGACUGCAGAGCCCGGGAUGAAUACAAGGAACUCUGCAAGCUAGUGAAGAAAUCAGCUAGAAAUGACAAGAGAGCACUGAUAGAUAGGCUUGCAGAAAAUGCAGAGAGCGCCGCCAACGCCAACAACAUGCGCUCACUAUACCAGACAAUCGGUAAGCUAUCUGGAAGCUACCAAAAACAGAACCAUCCAGUACGAGAUGUCAACGGAACACUCCUUGUCGAUGAUGAUUCCCAGAUCCGCAGAUGGCGACAACACUUCUUAGAAAUCAGCCACACAGAGCAUGCGAGCAACGCAGAUGACGACUUCAGAAGUAUUGUACACAACACCAACACCAGAAUUCCUCACACGACACCAUCUGUUAGAGAAAUUCGUGAUGCAAUCAGGAAAUUGAAGAACAACAAAGCAGCCGGAGAGGACGGUUUACCCGCAGAACUGCUCCAAGUUGACUCACUUCUAAUGGCCGAAACAUUGCACCCGCAUUUCGAGAGCAUAUGGGAGAACGAGCAAAUCCCCCCAUCCUGGAAGAAAGGCAUCAUCGUAAAAUUACCGAAGAAAGGAGACCUCAGUGACUGCAAUAAUUGGCGAGGAAUCACCCAGCUGAACACCAGCUACAAAGUGCUAGCCACUUUACUGAAUGAACGUCAACUGGAAAAAAACGAGCCAACAAUACGCGAUGAACAAGGAGGCUUUAGGCCACACAGAAGCUGCGUAGACCAGGCGAACACAUUACGCGCAAUCACCGAACAAGCUGUGGAAUGGCGCGCGCCACUAUACCUCCUAUUCAUCGAAGCUGCGUAG